UAGGCAUCCACUAUGCUGUCUCUUAAACUGAAAGUACUGAUGCUUCAGUUCUUUUGGUUAAUCCUGUAGCACUGGGCCCAGUGUUCCAAAUUAUAAACAUGUAAUCGAAAGUUAGAACACCAAUGGUGGGGGUAAAGAAAGUACUGAGUAAAACAUAUGCUAUUUAGUCAUACCUUCAUUCACUGUGAAAAAGGAAUAAACAUCUUUUUAGCCAUUUCUGAGGAGGGAAAAGAAUUACCGAGAUGUUAAGUAAGUAGCUUAAGGUCCAGUAUUAAUUGUGUCAGGGAUUUAGGUUUCCUGACUCCCAACCCAGUCUUCUUUCUUGAGGAAAAAGUAUAAGUAUUCUAACCCUUUCUGGUUCUUUUGCGUAAUUUAGAGUUUAUAGCAUGUGACCCAUCUAAGAGUUCUACCCUAUAAGGUCUGUUGUCUGAAAGUGUGUUUUAAAAGUUGAAGAAACACAGUUCCCAAGCCUAGAAUGAGUUGGGUAAACUACUGCUGGUUGAAAGCACUUAAAAAUGUAACAUUAGAAGUAUCAUUUUAAUAAUUUUUAUCUCUAAGUUGAUAAUAUUUAAUAAUGUUAAAACCUUACUGCCAUAGAAUUAUUUGCUUGCUUUUUGUACUUAUAUGUUUUUGUGGUACCAUCUAAUACAUUUCUUUAUUCUUUGAGGUUUACCCAUUCUUAGAUAUUAAAAAAAACUUAACUGAAAUUAUGACUCACAGCUGGAUAUAAGAAAAUAAUCAGCUCUCUUCCAUUUUUGUGUCUUUUCAUGAACUAUGCAAUAGACAUAUAUUGAGAGUUGUACAUCUUUGGAAAUAGUGGCACUUGAAGUUAUCCCUAAAACAUCUAGUUUUACUUAAGAUCUUCUGAAAACAAGUCUUUUUAAAAAUGAGUCCGUGAUUAAUUUGAGGUUUAGAAAAACUGAGUAAACUCCCAUUCACUCAGGAGCUAAUUAUCUGCUUAUUAACUAAUCAUAUCCUUUCCUUUUCCCUUCUGCAGGCUAUCUUUUGAUCACUUUCCUGUUUGUCAGGAGGGAAAGAAAGAGGAAGUAAUUCUCAGGCCUUACUUUCAUUUCCUUUCUGACAAGUGUUGUUUUGAAUAUUGAUUUCUGCCUUUUAGUUAACUCUUAGUAUAUUUAAGCAAUGUGACAGAAUGUUUCCUUUUAAAAUGAGCACACAAAAUAUACGGAGAAGCAAUAACAUAAUGAUGUUUUAACUAUGAAAAUAUAUUCUGCAAAAGCCUAUUAAAAAUGGAUAGAGACGUUCUGAAAUCAAAUUACUAUGUAAAUUUAAGAAAGCAUUUCUAUGAGUAUACAUGUGCCAAUAUAUUGGCCAUUGGGGAACCACAGGGAAGGCAUAAAGAGGGAUUGAAAAUGAAAGUCUUAACCCUUAAUGGAAAUACAGCCAAAUUCAUCAGUAAUUGGAAAAUGUUUUGAAGAUUUCUUACGAAUUUGUGCCUUUAGUAUUGGUCCCUGGUCCUACUCCAAUGCAUAAAGCCUUCAUGAGCGUAACAAUUCACAGAGAAGUUAAAGCUCCCACGAGGUAAGAGCUUGACCUCACAAGAAAUCCAAAGGUGUUCAGGACGUAUCUUUUGUGGCUCGACCAUAGUACAAAUAGCAGCCCACUUGGUCUUCUAAUGAAUGAUUUCAGAAAACAGCCCCCUUUUUUUGUCCCCUAAAAAAUCAGGUCAAAAGUCCAGGUGCAGCCCUUACACGGAUGACUGCCUGCUGUUACAAGGACUUGAAAGACAGUGAUUCAAGCUCAGAGGAAGAACGGAGAGUCACUACCCGAGUUAUCCGCCGGCGUUUGAUUAUAAAGGGAGAGGAAGCAAAAAACAUUCCUGGUGAAUCUGUCACAGAAGAACAGUUUACUGAUGAAGAAGGCAAUCUCAUCACCAGAAAAAUCACUCGGAAAGUCUUAAGACGAAUUGUUAUCCCACAAGAGAGAAAACAUGAUGAUGUGGUAAUGGAGAGGGACUGUCAAAAAGAAAGUAGAGGAUAAAAGCUUUGUGAACUCUCUAGAAUACGCUCCUAACAGGCUGGCAUCUGCAGUGUGGCAGCUGGAAGCAAUUGCUGCUUUUGACAUCUUGUGCAUUUGAUCCGAGUCAAAGAAAAAGACUUUUUCUCCUAACAUUCUUUAACAUUAUAUACUUUUACCAUCUUUAGAGUUUCCACAGAGAUCAUUUCAUGUAUGGAGGUUAGAAAGUGCUGGUUUGAGCAUGGGAGAGAAAAUAAAACCCCUCUGUUACCACCAAACCCCUCGGCACUGCCCCACCCCACCCCCGGCCAGUGCUUUUCCUGCAGCCCAGUCCCUGCCUGGGACACGGAUGGAGAGCACUUGUUUCCAGUAAAUGCACAGUGUUUAAUCAAAAGAUAGGAUGACACAAAGCUCAAUUCGUGAUCCUUACAUCAAAUCUAUAUGUUUUCUCUUUCUGAUAUAUCCUGCAGGGAAAUAGGAAUUCCCCCAUCUUAACCUGAAGAGGGUUUUCCUCUUUGGGUUAAUAACAGCCCAUUUCCAAUGUGCCAGUUAAAGAACCAAACGCAUCACUUAGCAGUGUAACUAGGCAAAUGAAUCUAUAUCUCCCAGAGAAAUCAUAGCUGGUUAUUUUUCAUUUCUUUCCUUCUCUCAGAACUUUUCCCAUUUCAUUAAGAAAUUAGAAACUUCAAUAGCUUGUAUUCACAUAAGAAAAAAGUAAACUGAAAAUUUCUCAGAAGGACUAAAUCAGAAAAUUGGAAAGGCUGCUGUUUCUUCCAUUAUAAACAGGGUAAAAGAAGAUAUUUGGGCAACCACUUUGCUCUCAGAGCAGUGUGUCCUUGGUGCUCAGUGAAGGGGGGGUCUUGUUUUAUGAAAGGUGGAUGCCUGCUUGAUCUGGAGUAAGAGGAGGGGGUUGGUAAUUCCACAAAUUAAAAAAGAAAAAGUCUCUCAGCUCAACAGCCUUUCCAUGGUGUUUAGUUCGUGAUUAGUGCUUUACUGAGAAAUUGCAGUCUCGUUGCAACAGGGUACUUAACAUUCUGCUGGCUUAAAAAGGCAUAUAUUAUAACUUACUAAUAUUUUUUAUAAUUGGGGUAUGAGUACCUUGAGAGCUUUAGUGAUUAUUUCUAGCUUGCAGGAAAGAGGCUGUUCAGUUGUGUGAUGUAUCACUAACCUACUGAAUUGCUGUGAAGUACAGUAAUGCUGCAUUUGUCCUGACAGGUGCUCUCCAGCUUGCUGUGAUGACGCUAAGCUGGCAGUUAAGGCAAAGAGACUGUAUUUCCGGACUUGAAGUGACCAAGUGCUUUAUCCUGUGUUUCACUUAUCCUAAUCCAGCCUCAAGAGACCAGAAUGGAAACUUCUUUUUAACUAAAACUCUUUUCACUAUGAGAUCUUAAUGUGUACAUUCCUU